UCUUCUCUUUCAUCUGCUCACGAUCUCUCGAUCUUCAAGACAAGUCAGCUUCAUUUGAUUACAUCAAUAUCUUAAUACCAUGGUCUCUAUAUCCUGGCCAACUCCGGACUUCCCUAAGAAGGUCGAAGAACUUAUAAUUGAGUUCUAUUCCCUAGCCGACAGCAAGGAGGAAACCACCCCGGAGAGGUUCGCCGCUUUGUUCGCCGAGGAUGGUAUAAUGUAUGGAUUGGCGGGAGCAUCUACGGGACGAGCUGAUAUUGCGGCCGCCCGGCCGAAGUCUUGGAAUAUGAUCGCGACACGAAAGCAUCAGCCUGUGAAGGUUUACAGCUUCAGGCCCGAUUACAGCGACGUCCUCGUCAUGGGACAGAUCUCUGCAACACUGACGAAUGGCAACUCUGUCUCCGUCGAGUACAUUGCGCAGUUCGUACUCAAAGGCGACACUAGCACAUCUCCAGUCAUCGCAUCAUAUAAAUCUUGGGCUGACUCUGCGCCAUGGUUCAAGGCUAUGGGAGUCAGGUGAUUUGAAGGCGUUUCUUUCCGUCAUACAGUAGCUGUCGCAUUAUUCCCACUCGCAAUUGAAGCGAAUCGAUGAUUUUUCUGGAACUGUUUACACCAAUGAAACCGCAGCCUGGCUGGG